UGUGCGCGUGCGCGCGCGUGUGCGAGAGAGAGAGAGAGAGAGAGAGAAGAGGAGGGGGAGUUUUCCCAUCUUCCGGCAUUGUACAGAGUUUUUUUUUUCUGAACCAGUUCGUAAGGAAGCAGCAGUACAUUAAAACCUCAGCAAACGUGGUUCAAAUGCUGAGAUGGUGCAAGCCAUGGAGACCAUCAACAUGUCCUUCUUGACUGACUCAGAGAGGGAGCUGAUCUUAAAGGUGCUGCAUCGGGAUGAAGAGCUGAGACGGACAGAGGAACAGCGAGUAAAGAGACUGAAAGCAGAGUUGUUGGAUAUCAGGAGGAAGGGAGCAAAGCGCAGCAGUGGCAGCUACAGUGAGCACAGCUGUGGACGAUGUCAGGAGCCCCUGGGUCGUCUAGCUGCCAACUCCAACCAGUGCCCAGUGUGUAAACACCAAGUGUGCCGAAACUGUCGCAUUGUCCAAGCCAAAGAGUUCUGGCUGUGCAGUGUGUGUGCCAAAGAGACGGACCUAAAGAAGUGUACAGGCGACUGGUUCUAUGAUCAGAGGGUUAACCGUUUUUCCACAGCUCCUGGACAUGACAUAGUGCGAGCCUCACUCAGGAAACGGCCUCCAACCAAGAAGCGUGAAACUACAGGGGAAGUGCUGCUGAACAGUCCAGAGUUGAACUCUAACCAGACAUUACCAGUUCCAAAGCCCAGACUGAAGGAUAUUGCUCUGGGAAAUAAAAGCCCGACCAGUGAACGUCUGCAGCAGAGUGAAACAGACAUGGCCGAGACUGCCAGCCUCAGCAGUAGUCGUGCCGACACUGACUCUGUCUCCAGUACUCCAUUGGCGCAGCAGUGCAGGAACGAGGUGGUGAACAGAUCGAGUGAUUCAGUUUCCAAUUCAUCAAGUGUGUCCCCUUCCACUAAACCCCACAGUCCUUCUGGAUCCUCAGUAGACACAGAGACUUCAUCUUUAGUUCAUCAAAUUAACAUUUGCCCGGAGUCCUUGAAUGACGUUGACGGCCUUUUCAAAAAGAGUGUAAGAAGAGUACACAAAAUAUCAGAUUUUAAGCCAGUCUCUGUAAUGGACGUACGCUAUGAUGGGACUGAGAACAGCACAUCUUCCAUGGGAGACAGAAGUAAGUCAGUUCCAGGUCUAAACAUGGAUGAAGAGGAGGAGGAAGAGGAUAUUGAUAACUUGGUCAGCAUUCACAGGAGGACUGUGGGUGAAGGCACCACCAAUCUGCGUGCCUCCAGUAGCACUCUGGGCAGCAUGAUGAGUGUGUACAGUGAGGCAGGGGAUUACGACAUUGUGGAUGUCAGUGGGGACAUUGUCUUCUCUCUCCGCUAUGAUGAGAGCAUGCAGAGUCUCUCUGUUCUGGUCAAAGAAUGCAGAGGGCUGGCUUACACUGACACUGCCAAAAAGAAGUGCAACCCGUAUGUCAAAUGUUACCUCCUACCAGACAAAUCUCGUCAGAGCAAGAAGAAAACGACUAUCAAACGUAAUACAACCAACCCUGGCUACAAUGAGACAUUAAAGUACUCCAUCACUCGCUCCCAGCUGAUGUCUCGUUCUCUCCAGCUCUCAGUUUGGCAUUAUGACCGCUUUGGGCGCAAUGCUUUUCUAGGUGAGGUGGAGAUACCAAUGGACUGCCAUGACAUUGAUUCUGGCCAAGAGGAGUGUGUGACACUCAGAGGAAAGACGGGCAGUUCUUUGACACUGUCACCAUUUUCCCAGUACAAAGGAGAACUGGUGAUUUCUCUGAAGUAUGUCACAGAGGCAAAGGCAGCUGGAGAAAAGCCCAGAGGCAAAAAAGCCAAAGUAGAGGAUGGUGGGGAGCUGCAUGUGUUAAUAAAGGAAGCUAAGAAUCUUUGUGCAGUGAAAGCAGGCGACACUUCCGAUUCCUUCGUGAAAGGAUACCUGCUGCCGUCUACAGGCAAGUCAACCAAGAAAAAGACACAGGUGGUGAAGAAGACGGUGAACCCACACUACGACCACACAUUUGUAUACAAAGAUGUGUGCCUGGAGCAGUUAAAGGGCAUGUGUCUGGAGCUGACAGUCUGGGACAGAGAGGCCAUGUCCAGCAACGAUUUUCUGGGAGGAGUGCGUUUGAGCUCAGGGGCAGUGCGACUGAAGGAAGGGAAGCAGGAGUGGGUGGCUGACUCAACAGGAGAGGAAGUAUCUUUGUGGCAGAAGAUGAUGCAGUUCCCAGAUUCAUGGGCAGAGGGCAGUCUCUCCCUGCGGUCCUCUAUGGGCAAGCGAAAGUAAAAAUGCUGCCAAUGUGCCAAGACUAGUACAGAGCACCUGGUUUGGUAUCACAAAUCCUACACUCCAGUUUUCAAUAUUAUAAACACCGCAAAACAGACGACCACCUAUUUUUUUUUCUCUUCAAUACAGGCCAGUUAACCAGAGCUAUGAAAUGGAUUUUGAGCCUACAGGUGCAAUUCAGUGCAUUUAUUUCUUUUUUUUUUUGUUUAAACAUUUUAAUAUUGUUAAAUGUUUUUAAAAAUGCUGGAGCAAAAAUGAUGCACAAAUCUUAAUCUUUGCUGACAUGAGUACAGCUGCAUAAUUCUAAAAAUGUGUACACAAAGCUGGAAUUAUUUAAGCUCAGUUACUGUAGGUCCAACGGUGCACAGCUUUUAAAAGUCAUAUACAAUUCUCUUAAUAAAUAUUAUAUAAUAUUUUGCA